GCGGCGUGGCCAGCGCCGCGAGCGCCCGCGCCGCCGCGGCCGGCUGCACAGGCAGGCGCUGCAGCACGAGGAGGCGGAGCGCGAGGCCGACCGAACACGCCCGCCCGCGGAGCCCGACGCCCAGCUCUCCGCCACCCGCCGCGGCCUGGCGCUCGCCGCGCUGCUGGCGGGCGGCGCCGCCCCCGCGGCGUCCAAGGAGGGGCCGGCGCCGGGGCGCUUCCGCUGGCUGCCCUCCGACACCGACAUCACGCCAGGCGGGGAGCUGGACUCGAUAGCAGAGGCGGACGCCAUCGCCGCGGAGUUCAGCCGCAUCGAGAGGGAGGCCUUCUCGUUGAACUUUAUAAUCUACUUGUCGCGCUUCCUGAUCAACUUCGACCAGGGGGCGGCGGGCUGGUGGGCCAACUCGGUGCUGCCCCUGGCGCCCUCGGGAGCAUCAGCCACGGAGUCGGCGGCAUUCCUCCGGAGGAAGUUCGCGAACUUCGCGGCCUCCGUGGAGUUCGGGCUCAGGAGGUACGCUCAGGGCCCCAGUAGACGGGAUGACCUUCUCCAGAGGCUCGUGGCCACGUACGGCCAAGACCAGGAGAGUUGCAGACACUUGGCGCUGGCUUUCAGCAUGCUGCAG